UGUGUGUGUAUGUGUUUGAGUGUGUGAGUGUGUACCGCCUCUUUGAUAUGGGAUUUCUCAUAAACAGAAGACGACAGGAAAAGGCAACUAAACGUGAACCGAGAGGAAACCAGACGUGUUUCAGCGAUUUCUGCUCAUCUCUCAGGGCCUCUGUACACCAUGCUUCACAAAACAGACCAGAGAACGUUCCUGCUGCUCCUCGUCCUGCUGCAGCUGAGCCUUAUCGAGUCUGAUCUCACAACCAGAUUUGCAACAAGAGCCGGGCAGAAUAUACCAAUUCCAUUUCAAUUUGUCUCCAACAGUAACAUUGAGAAACCAGACCAUUUGUAUGUUUACAAAAAUGAUUUAAAGAUCAGAAGUCUUCCAAACGUCAGCAGCUCCUGUCACCCACCUGCUCCUGUGCAGAAACAGAUCGAUUUCUGUAUUGUCAAUACAAGCUCCAGUCUUAUAACACUGCUCUUCAUAAAUCCAGCUGUAAACGACAGCGGCACUUAUCAUUUGGCAUUUUAUUUUGGCAACAUUAUUGAAAGUAAAAAGAUCAAUCUGACUGUACAUCCAGGAGACGUGACGACAGCUCAAGUGCUGACCUCCAACAACAACAACAAUAACAACAACAUCACCAGUUCUACACACACUGAUCCUUCAAGAACGAUCUCACAGUGGAUAGUCUUCAGUAUAUUAGUGACGUCUCUGGUGUUGGUGGUAGUAGGACUGCUGGUUUGGUUCUGCCGGACUUACAGAAUUAAAUCAGAUGCAGACCCACCAGCUCCAAACCCUAAUAUUACACAGCAGGGGGGCUGCCCAAAGUCCAGCACUGUGCCUGUAGUCAGCUGUGUGGAAUAUGGAGUUCUGGACUUCCAGAACCGACCGGUCCGACCGGAGAGGUGCAGCAGGGAGGUGGAGGCGGGCGUGGAGUACGCUGCUAUAAUGUUCCCACCACAGAAAAAAAAAUAGGACAUAAGCGUGAGAGCGGAGUGAAUGAGCAGCGGGUGAGAGUUUCUGCAAAUGUGUGAUCACUCUCUCUCUCUUUCUCUGUCCUACUCUCACUCUCUCCUCAUUCUCUGCCUGUUAAAACUGGUGCUUCCACAAAACACAACCUGCUUUACUCCUCACACAGACCGCCUUUAAACACUUGAACUGCUCAGCUUUAUAGAGUGGGGACUUCAUGAUCCGGCUGCGCACCUUCACAACAGCCUGUACUGACAGGAAGUGCAGGUGUGAGACAGAGGAAGUUACUGUAAAUGCAAUGUUUAAUGCUGUAUUUGAUUAUGGUUUGGGAGAAAUAUGACUGUUUAAAUAUGUAUGUUAUUCUGUUUGGCGGUUGUGAUGUGUAUGGCGCUGCAUAAGCACUGUAAGCACACCGUGCUGUAGUGAAAUGAGUCAGCGCUUUAGAAGCGAUAACCACAAAAGCCCCUGGUGAGAAACCCCCAGGGACCAAAGCAUUGCACAAGUUUCACACCAGCACACACCCUCUCACACCCAGACACCAGGGGGGGCUUCCAUGUCAUAUAAUAAACACUAUAUUAACACA